AUGGAGGCACUCACCAAAGCUGCGGGUGCCAUGACCCUCGGCGACGAGCAGCACGACCCGAUGCUCAGGCCGGGUUACGGAACCGUCGGAAAGCCCUUCUCCGUCUACAUGAACGCCUACGAGAUCCGCACCCCGAACCUCGUCGCCUACCACUACGACGUCAAGAUCAAACCCGACAAGCCCGUCACUCCGCCCCGCCUCAACAGGGAGAUCUGGCGCUACCUCGACCAGACCCUCAACGCCUUCAACGGCAUCGCCGUCGCCUUCGACGGCAGGUCGAUGGCCUACUCGCCGAAGAAGCUCCCGGCCGACGAGGGGCAGUGGAACAUCACCCUUCCCGACGAGGAUGGCGGCGGUGGUGGCGCUGGCAGGAGGACCUUCACUGUGACCAUCCGUUUUACGCGACCCAUCGACCUCGCUCGUUUGGGCGUCUUUGUGCGCGGCGAAGGUCUCGGCGAGCCCUCCUUCCCCGACCAGUCGCAGGUGCAGUCGGCCAUCCAGGCGCUCAACGUCCUCAUCCAGCACGGCCCGACCCUCCUCUACCCGUCGCGCCAGGCUUCCUUCUUCCUUCCGCCGAUGAGGCAGGAGGAGGCCAGCAUUGCCCGUGGCCUGGCAAUGUGGAGGGGGUUCGUUAGCUCCGUCCGCAUGGGUCCUGGACGCGUCUUCCUCAACCUCGACAUUGCGUCGCAGCCGAUGGUCCAGGCCGGCAAUCUCCCGCGCGUCGUUCUCAAUUUCCUUCGAGGCACGAACCGCAACCUCACCGAGCAGCACCUCGACGCCAAGACCAUCCCGAGUAGCGAGUACAUCCGUCUCGGUCGCUUCCUCAAGGGCCUCAAGGUCAAGCUCACCGUCAAGGACGCCGACGGCAUCGAGCCGACGCGCAAGGUUCGCGGCAUCGAGGGCCACUCCGCCAACGACCCGGCGCACGCCUUCCAGAUUGACGGCACGACCUAUACGAUUGCGUCCUACUUCGAGCAGUUCUACGGCGUCAAGCUCAGGAACCCCAACUUCCCGGUCAUCAGCGUCAGCAAGGUCGCAAGGUGGCCGCUCGAGCUCUGCGUCGUCGAGGCUGGCCAGAAGUGGACGAAGAAGCUCGACCCGGAGCAGACCGUCGAGUCGAUCCGCUUGACGACCGUCGCGCCGCGCGAGCGCCUCGGCAACCUCUCGGAGGGUCUCAAACGCAUCCAGCCUAGUGACGCUGCCCUCGGGCAGUGGGGCAUCAAGAUCGACCAGAAGCCGCUCGAGGCCAAGGCUCGCCUUCUCACGCCGCCAACCGUCAACUUCAAGGGCCGCGCCGCGAGGAUCAACAACGGUGUCUGGGACGUCCGCGGCCACCAGCUGUACACUUCCGCCAGGAUCGAGCGCUGGCUCGUCCUCGUCCUCGACUCGCCUCAGUACUUCCAGAUUGACGCCGCCCAGACCUGCAUCGUCGGUCUCGUCGCGGCCUGCCAGCAGAUGGGCAUCACCUACGCCAACCCGCGCCCUCCGAUCCACUACGCUCCUCGCGGCGCCGACACGGCCGCCUUCAUGCGCGAGAAGGGCAUGGAGAUGAUGCAGGAGCAGGGCGGACCGCCUCAGCUCAUCGUCUGCUUCCUCCCGCGCAAGCCGUGCAGCGAGUACGCCGAGAUCAAGAAGUUCGGCGACCAGCAGGUCGGCUGUGCGACGCAGUGCCUCUACGAGACGAAGGCGAAGCGCGGAUCGCCUGGCUACUGGCAGAACGUCGCACUCAAGAUCUCGGUCAAGCUGCACAACGGGAUCAACUGGAUCUUGAACCCGCAAGACCUCGGACCCAUCGCCGAGAAGCCGACGUUGGUGAUCGGCGCCGACGUCUCGCACGCCCAGCCGAACUCGGUCGCUCCCUCCGUCGCCGCCAUCGUCGGCAGCAUGGACCAGACCUGCUCGAUCUACGGGUCCGCCAUCACCGUCCAGCCCUCGCGCCUCGAAGUCAUCGCCCGCCUCGAGGAGAUGGUCCUCAAGCUCCUCCGCCAGUUCCUCAAGAGGAACGGAUUCUUCUUCCGCGACGGCAUCUCGGAGGGCCAGUUCCCGCAAGUCAUUGCCACCGAGGUCGAGGCCGUCCGCAAGGCUGCGCAGCGCUUCGGCGCUGAGCACAACCAGCACGACUACGCCCCGAAGCUCACGUUCCUCUGCUGUGGCAAGAGGCACCACGUCUCGCUGUUCCCGUCUCGGACGGCGUACGGCGACCCCAAGACCGGCAACGUCAAGAGCGGGACGGUAGUCGACACCGAGGUCGUCUCGCCGUUCCACUUCGACUGGUACUCGAUGGCGCAUCAGCCGCUCCUCGGCACGGGAAGGAGUUGCCACUUGACGGUUCUCCGCGACGACUCGAACUUCACGGCCGACCAGCUCCAGCAGCUCACCUUCAACCUCGCGUUCACGUACGCCAAGGCGACUCGCUCCGUCUCGGUUCCGACUCCGGCGUACUAUGCUUCGAGGCUCUGCACGCGCGCCCAACUUCUCCUCAAGCGCGAGGACGAGGACACGACGACGGUCAUCUCGUCGACGUCUAACUCGUCCGACGAGCGUCUCCGCCAGCAGGCCCUCGCCGAGUACUCGUCGAGGCUCAAGGCGAUCCACCCGAACCACGAGGAGACGCUCUUCUUCAUGUGA